AUGGAAUUAUCUUCGAGUUACAAUGUUAAUGUUAGACAAAAAUGCUAUAUUCCUGGUGCAAUGUUUGGUUCAUUUUCCUUCAUCAACAUUUUUUCUGGAAAAGAGGUUGUAGAUGCUGAAAAUGGCAUGCAAAACAUGAUUGAGGUUGCGGUUACUUUGCGGAUACUGCAGUUAAUCUGUAAAGAAUGUGCGUCAUCAAAGCAUAAGAUUAGCGUUGCCGUGUUAUCUCCAUACCCUGCUCAAGUUCAAUGUCUGCAGCAGAAAGUUGAAAUGCACUACGAAAACAAUGAGCUUUUAAAGGUAAAAGUCGGGUUUUUUCAAGAUUAUGAGGGCGCAGAAGAUGUUACGAUAAUAUCAACAGUUGGAGCUGAUGGAGAUGAAUGCAACGAUGUCAAGACAAGUCGACAACUGAAGACUAAUGACUAUUUCAAAUCCGAAAGACGCUGUCUAUGGAUUCUAGGAGAUGAAAGGGCGCUUCUGAAGGGAGGGUCAUACUGGGAACCAUUAAUUCUUGAGGCUAAGGCUCGUCAAUGUUUCUUUCUAGCAGAUGAACACAAGGAGCUCACAAAGGUCAUAGUCGAAGUCAAGAAAGAUCUUCAUGAGCUAGAUGAGUUACUUAUUGGGGAGACUUCACUCUUCCAAAAUACCACAUGGAAGGUUUUCUUUAGCAGCAAGUUUAUAACAUCAUUUUCAAACAUUGAGUCACUGGAGACCAAAAAACUAGUACUUCUGAUGCUGCUAAAGAUUUCUACUGGUUGGAGGCCCAAAAGGAGUUCGACUACAGCUUCUGUUAGUGGAAGCCCAUAUUCUGAACUUAUGAGAGAAUUCAAAGUUAAAGGAUCGCAUCUUCUAUGUACUAUAGACAUUGUCAAGGAUUCACAUUAUGUCCAAGCCUUGAAGGUUUGGGAUAUACUUCCGUUUCAUGAGAUCACAGAGUUAGUAAAACGAUUAGAACGAAUCAUCAAGAUGUAUACUCGGGAGUAUAUUAACUAUUGCAAGGAAAGAUGUGGUCAAAGGGGUUCUGAGUUCCCGUUGAACUGGCCUUCGACUACUGAAAUUACUCGGUAUAAAUUUCAGAAUACAAACUCUUGUGAGGAAAUGUUUAUGGAUGAAGGCGUUGAAAAUGUGAAGGUGCGUGAAAGUUUGACACUAAUGAAGUUCUACCAGUUUUCACAUGGUGCAGUAAAUGGUAUGAUAUCUGGAUGUGAUGGUGGGGUUCUUGGGCUUCCUAUUGAGCUCACUGAACAAGAAAAGGAUGUUGUUUCUUUUGACAAAAGCAGCUUCAUUCUUGGAAGAUCUGGAACUGGAAAAACUACAGUGUUAACUACCAAAUUAUUCAGAAAGGAACAGCUUCACCAUUUAGCAUGUGAAGGGUUUCAUGAAAACAUGGAAAUCAAUGAGGAGGUGAAGCAAGAUGUGCUACAUCAACUUUUUGUUACUCUGAGUCCAAGACUUUGCUAUGCAGUGAAACAGCAAGUUGGUGAAUUUAAUAGUUUGACAUGUGGGGGUAGUUCAUCAUCCAAAAGCAGCUCAGGGGUUAGUGAUGAUAUUGAUAAAAUGAUGUUGUCUGAAGAUAUUCCAGAUCACUUUAUUCAUCUUCCUCAAAACAAAUAUCCACUUAUUAUAACAUUCCAUAGAUUCCUACUGAUGCUUGAUGGAACAGUUGGUAGAUCAUACUUUGAGAGAUUUCCUUGUGUUAGGAAGCUUCUUUGUGGCAAUAACACAAGUAACUCAAGACUCAGUGUUUUGGAACAAUAUAUGAGGUUAAAGGAUGUUACUUAUGAGAGAUUUUCUUCACUUUACUGGCAUCACUUCAACAAUAAGCUGAGAAAAAGUUUUGACACCUCCACAGUUUAUACUGAAAUAAUGUCUGUCAUAAAGGGUGGAUUAAUGGCAGGAAAGGCUCCCAAUGGGAUCCUAUCUAGAGAAGAUUAUGUUGCUCUUUGUGAUGCCCGAACUUCCAUUUUGGAUGCACAAAAGAGAGAAAUGAUCUAUGCGAUAUUUGUUCAGUAUGAGAAGAUAAAACUGGAAAAAGAAAAUUUCGAUUUGGCUGAUUUAGUGAAUGAUCUUCAUCAAAGGCUUGAAUUUGAAGGGUACAAGGGAGAUUCUAUGGAUUAUGUGUAUAUUGAUGAAGUUCAAGAUCUUACAAUGAGGCAGAUUUUGCUUUUCAAAUACGUUUGUACAAAUGUUCAAGAGGGCUAUGCUUUUUGUGGAGAUACAGCCCAAGCCAUAGCAAAGGGUAUUGGAUUCAGAUUCGAAGAUAUAAGGUUAUUGUUUUUUAGCCACUUCCUUUUGGGUUCAGAAAAGGGAACAAUGUCAAGAAUAUUUCAAUUAAGCGAGAACUUUCGCACACAUACUGGAGUUUUAAAUUUAGCCCAAAGUGUUAUCGACCUUCUUUGCAAGUUUUUUCCUUUGUUUGUUGAUGCUUUGAGGCCAGAAAGUAGUCGAAUAAGUGGGGAACUACCUGUUCUUCUUGAAACUGAUACAGGUGAUAAUGCUAUUAAAACAAUAUUUGGAACCAAUGAAGUUGGAAGUGAUCAGAAAGUCAUUGGAUUUGGUGCUGAGCAAGUUGUUUUAGUUAGGGAUGAAUAUCUUAAAGAGAAGGUUGUCAAUAUUGUUGGCAAGAAUGCCCUUGUUCUAACAAUCAUGGAGUCUAAGGGCUUAGAAUUUCAGGACGUAUUGUUAUAUGACUUUUUCACUACAUCAUCUUUCUCAAAUGAAUGGCGAAUCAUUUACGAGUAUAUGAAGGAAAAAGACCUCAACAUGAGCUCUAUUGUAAUGUGUACUUCAUCUUUCGAUAUGGAAAAGCACGUUGUUUUAUGUAGUGAACUUAAGCAGUUGUAUGUAGCAAUCACUCGAACAAGACAGAGAUUAUGGAUUUCUGAAACUACAGGUUUCUCUCAACCAAUCUUUGAUUACUGGAAAAAGUUAAGCCUUGUUGAAGUCAAACAUUUGGAUGAUUCUUUUGCUGAAGAAAUGAAAAUUCCAAGCAGUAUAGACGAGUGGAGAUCACGUGGCUUAAAGCUAUAUUAUGAGAAUAACUUUGGAAUGGCAAAGAUGUGCUUCAUGAAGGCUGAGGACAAGUAUUCUGAAAGAUUGGCAGAAGCAUAUCAACUCCGUGUAAUUGCUGAAGGUAUCCACACUUCAGAGCUUGAAAGGAAGAAGGUCUUUAAGGAAGCUGCUGAGCUAUUUCAAUCUCUUGGAAAGCAUAUGUUGGCUGCUGAGUGCUUCUAUGAGAUGGAGGAUUAUAAAACAGCUGCUGAGGAAUAUGAGAAGGCUGGAGCUUUUGCAAAGUGUCUUUCUGCUUGCUCUGAUGGAAAUUUAUUUGAAAUGGGUAUUCGGUUACUAGAGCAAUGGGGAGGAUGUGGGGUUGCUGAGCAAGAGUUUUUGAGAAAAGGUGCUCUUUACUAUUUUGGUGUCAAGGAUUUGAAAAGAAUGAUGAAAUUUGUUAGUUCUUUUCACUCAAAGGAUGAGAUGCGGAAAUUCUUAACAAAAAAGAGAUGCUUUGAUGAACUUAUAUCACUGGAAGUAGAAUGGGGCAACAUUCAAGAAGCUGCAAAGGUGGCAAGACUCAAACCCGAUCCUUUGCUUGAAGCUGACAUUCUUUACAUGGGUGGAUUUCACAGGCAAUCGUCAUUGACUAUCUUGUGGCAUGUAUUUUUGGAAUCUCCAGUUUUUCAAAAAGCACAUGAACCUUUUACACAGAAGGGUGAAUUGCUAAAGAAGGCUGUUUUGUUUGCUGAAAGCAUCUCUGAUGACUUCUUUCAGUUUGUGUGCAAAGAAGCUAGGAUUUUGUCUGAAGGAACAACUGAAGAAGAAAUAUUAAAGAAAGCCCAUGAGUUCAUAGAUUGCUACAUAAAUAACGAUUUGGCUAUGAGUGUUGAACAUGUGAAGACGAAUCAUGAGAUACAAAAGAUUGAAAAACAUGUGCUUGACAAAUGUGCUCUUUACUAUCUAGGUGUCAAAGAUUUCAAGAGUAUGAUGACAUUUGUUUGCUCUUUCCACUCCAGGGAUGAGAUGAUGAUCUUCUUAACAAAAAAGAGGUGCUUUGAUGAAUUGAUAUUGCUGGAAAUAGAAUGGGGUAACUUUGAAGAAGCUGCAAAGGUCUCAAGGCUUAAAAAAGAUCCGAAAGCUGACCUUACUCGCAUGUAUAGAGUUCAUAGGGAAUCAUCACUUCUAAUCCUAUGGCAUGUCUUCAUGAACUCUGUGGUUCUUCAAAACACGGAUGAACCUUUUAGGCAGAAGGAUGAAUUACUACGUGAGGCUGUUGUAAUCGCAGAAAGUGAAUCUAAUUUCUUCUAUCAGUUUGUGUGCAAAGAGGCGAACAUUUUGUCCGAAGGAAAAAAUCAAGAAGAGUUAUUAAUAAAAGGACUUGAGUUCAUAGAUUGCUACAAAGAAAAUCCUUUAGCCAUGAGCUUGAAGCACGUGAAGACGACUGAUGAAGUAGAAAAAAUUGAAAAAGAUGUGCUUCACCUAAUGCAUUCCUUUUUAAAGUCUGUAAACCGUAUAAAUGAGCUUCCGAUACUACUAGAAAUACGUGGAAAGUUUGUAGAAGCAGCAAACUGUGGUAAAGAAGAUAAUCAAUCAAUUGAAGAAGCAUUGAGUAGACUUUGGUAUGUCUUCUUUGGAUCUCUUUGGGCUCAUGGGAAUCGAGCAUGGCCACUAAAGCACUUUAAACAGAAAAACAAGCUCCUGCAUGAUGCAAACUUUUAUGUGGAGUGUGAUCCUUAUUCAAACGAUUCUGCAUUGGUGCGAACAGAGAUAAGCAUUUUAUCAAGUGCAGAAAUCAGCUUACACCAGAUGUGGAGGCAUUUGAGUGACACACCAAAAGAAAGAAGCCUUAGGAUACACUAUCUGCUUUCCCGAAGAAUUCUUGAUGUUUACUUUGGUUUGGAUUGCAGUGUCAAUGCUAGUAUUGAAACAUGGGUUGAUGAUGUGAAACUUAAGCAUUUAGAAACCGAGUUUUCAAACAAUGUUGUCUCAUUUGAAGGUUUGAUUUACUUUUGGAGUUAUUGGAAGGAAUUGAUUAUGGAACUAAUCAACUGGUGCUCUACAUGGGAUCACAGUGGCAAAGAUAGUGAAAUAUACACGGAUUUCAUUUCCAAUUAUUUUGGGAUGAGGAGUUACGAUGGUGAUAAGAAAGGAAGCUAUGUCAUUCUAGAUGAUGAGGCCUAUUGGGUGAAAAGGUGGAAUCCACGUAUGCAUAGGAACACACAUUUUAACAUCAUUGAUGCUCGUGAAUUUUCUUCUGUGGCUUCACGAUAUUGGUGUUCGGAACUACUGUAUGUUUCCGAAAAAGUGUUGAAAAAGCUUCAGUCUAUUCAUGCUUAUUCAACUGUGAAAAAAUUCUCCAUUCAUCAACGUAUGAAAAUACUUGCAAAUUUGUUUGAAGCUGCAAAAUCACUAGAAAAAUGCAAGCUUCCAAAUGAGUGGCGUCGUGCUGAUCGGAUUGUUGAUCAAUCUUUCAAAUUUUUCCUGGAUGAGUUCAUAAUCAAUGUGUUUAAUAUGAACAGCUGGAAUACUGAAGAGUCAAAAGAAAUGAUAUCUCUGAGGGGAAAUGAAGCGUUUCUAAGUAUGCUCAAAGAAGCAAUCAACAUAAAUAGCAAAUCGCCCAAAGCUCUAACAUGUGGGCAGCUUGGGAGAAUAGCAAUGAUAUUUCUAGCAUACCGAAUGAUUGACUUCAAUGAUGAUGUUAUGAGAAAAGUUAGACAUUGUUCUUCCCUGAACUGGAGAGCUUUGUUUGAUAAACUCAAGGGUGAUAAAUCGAGUUCGACAAAUGUGGAUUUAGCUAUAAGUCUACAUAAUGUACUGAAAGAGACAACGUUUGCUUCAGGUUGGAUGAGAGCCGAUGACUGUAUGUCACCAACAUGCUUCUUAUAUCUUAUAGAGCGUCUUCUAAUCUUGUCAUUUUGCUUUCAUGGUCAUGUUUUCAUGACAAGAUCUUCUUGCGUUGAAUGGCUUUCUUAUGAGGAAUGGAGCAUGGGUUCAGAUGUUGGGCAUGUUGUAUCUUUGGACAUCAUGAAGGAUAUCCCUCUUUCUUUGGUUUCAACUGUUAUGGAAAUGUUGAAUUCCCGAGAUGAUUUAUUGGAAUGGAUCAGAAAAUCAAAGGAGUCGUAUGACAUUUUGGUUUUGCGAUUAACUGUUCUUCUUUCCAUGAUCUGUGUAAACUCGGGAGAACAUUAUCAUCAUCUGCUUGAUCUUUUGGGAUGCCCUCAUCUUGCAUCCGUGUUGCCUUCUACAUUUGUGGAGGGGUUAAUCAAGGGUGUAAAGGAAGACUGUUUAGUUGAUGCUCUUGCUGUUGCCUGUGAAAAGAUAGAAAAUCCACUCGUCAUUGUGAGUUUCACAAAAGAUUCUUCAAUGGCCUCGCAUGGAAAUGCCAUAUUUCUGAACAUGGUUGAACAGGGCUUUUCCCGGGAAAAACUUCAUUCUUCUCUUCUUCAUUUCUUUAUCCUUCUUUCAUUUGAGAAUCAGAUUGGAAGAUUCAAGCACAUUACUCAAAAUUCUCUGUUCAACAAGGUCGGAGACGUUCAAACCGUUAUCGUAAUGAGAUGGACAUUCGCCACCCAGAUGAACCUCGCAAAUGUGGAUUAUGCCACCAAUCUGGUCAUAAUCGAAGAAAGUGUUCAAAUUCUCGACCAAGAUACAAUGCCAUGUUAA